UAACCAGUCUUCCCUAAACAGGAGGAAACCCGCCCCCAAGGAAAGCGUCCCAUGUGUGAGGUAAAGCUCCACCGUGCUCUUUGCAACCUGCUCAAUGAGCUCAGUCCCUGGGAAUCCAAACUGCUGGCAGCCAACAAGAGAAUGCGCACCAAGAUGAGGCAUGAAUGGACUGAUUACCAAAAGAGAGAUGAGAACUACGUGGACCCGGCCGAGGAGGCGUGGGCCAGCGACCCCGAACCGGAGCCAGAGCCUCCCCCGCCGCCACCGCAGGAGUCCUCCUCUUCCUCAUCGUCUAGUGAGGAGUCCCUGGAUGAGGAGGGGAACCCAAAGCGCAAGCUGAGGAAGCGGCGGGCAAAGCAGCAGGCGGCGUCGCUGAUCAUGGAGAACACGGCCCCGGCCCCCGAGGUGACCAGUGUUGCCACGCCGGAGGAGACCUCGGAUGGCUACGCUGUCUCGUCCAGGGGCCGUAUCCGCAAGGUCAAGAAGAUGAUCAACUACGAUGGGCUAGACUUUGAGAAACUGGCACUGCAGGCUUCGCUGGAGGCUGAGCAGGAGAGGGUGAGGAAGAAGAGGAAGAAGGAGGAGGAAGAGAGGGAGCGCGAAGAGCAGGAGAACAGUAACAGUAGCAGCAACAACAGUCACCAGCCGAUGUCAGGGGUGCGGCGCUACCUCAUGUCACAGACAGGGCGGCUGAUGGGCUACAUCGACAAUGAGGGGCAGGUGCAUUCGGGCAGCGCAGUGAAGGAUUCCAAGGGCGACAGAGUUGACAUAUCAUCGGUGAGGAACUUGGCCAGCCAGCUCGUGUCUGGGGCCAAGAAGGACGGCACGCACACUCCUAUGAAAACAGGUGCCAGUGCACCCAGCGAAACUGUUCAGAACUCCAGCCUGAAGCCGGGAGUGCCCACCGUGGUGGUGGCAGCCAUCAACAACCAGGGGUCGCCGGUGUACGUGCGCGUGGUGGGCGAGCAGGCGCUGCAGCUGGUCAAGUACAUGCGCCCCAGCACCAAGGGCCCCGUGUCCCAGAUCAAGCUGCAGCACCACGGCCAGACCUACACCGUCAACACCAACGCCCACAUGAUAACACACAACAUUCCAGGCAUGCCAGAUGGGGAGGCCACGGAGAAGCCGAGCCCCAGCACCACUCAGUCUGGUAAUAGUGCCGUCCCACCUACCUCAGCUCUGAAUCAGCCGAGGCCUGCCACCGCUCUCCAGGCCCUCUCCACUAGCACCUCGCCCUCUGGCCCGCGCGUAGCACCCGUGUCCAACAUGGUGACCUCGGCUCCAAAUCCUCCCAACACUCUUGCCCUUGCGUACCGGGGCGUAUCAAAGCCCACCAGGCCACUCACCAUUUCUACGCCAAGUCGACCCACGGGCACGCUGGUGCCCGGUGCUGUGGCACUGCAGAAUCCCAACCACCAGCCAGCCCUUGCCACAACGAGGCUGGUGUCGGCGUCGCCCUCGGUGGUGUCGUCCGUGGUGCCGCCCACGGUCAGGAGCAACGCCAGCCUUGGUUCGUCCACCCAUGGUGUCAUGACUGUCAGUCAGCAGGUCAGCAACAGACAGCCAGCGCCCACGGUGAUUGCCUCGUCCCCCAGACCACCUGGGACGCCGGUGGUUAACAGAAUAGCUGUGUCAUCUGGCGUGGCUCACAGCAAUGUUGGUGCUAGUCCACAUCAGCCUGGGACGCAGGUGGUAGUGCAGCAGCAACAGCCGCAACAACAGACAGUCGGACAGCAGCAGCAGCCACAGCAGCAGCAACAGCAGCAGCAGACUGUGGUCCAGACCCCAGCACCAGUAACCCUUGCCAGCUCACAGCCUUUGGGGCAAGCAGUGACAGUCACAAGCAUGGCAGUUCCUGGUGCUGGGGGUCAAGUACAACUCAAGCUGGAGUCCGAGUCGUUGGCCCAGCUGAUGCAGCGCACUGGGAGCAAGAUCGUAGCCUUGCCCAAUGGGCGAGGAGGCUAUACCCUCUCCCUCACCCCUGGAGCCGUCACCCCUGGUCAGGCAGGCCAGAAGGCACAACAGACUCAGAUAGCAGCCAACACUGCUGCCAAGGUGCAGGUAGUGUCCUGCACCACGCCCAUUCUCCAGGAAGCCUCCCCGCCGCCCGCGCCUCAGCAGCAGCAGCAGCAGCAGCAGCAGGUGAUCCAGCAGCAGGCUCACAUCAUCUCGCCGCAAGGAGUGUCCAGAACAGCCACAGUGGUCCACCCAGGCAUGGCCGCAGUGCCCCGGGCAGCUGGCGUAGUGCAGCAACAGGUGGUGAGACAGGUGGUACCAGUGAGCCAAACCCACGUGCUGAAGGAUGCAGGGGCAGCCACACAGGUGGUAGCAUCCAGUGGCAGCCAGCAGCAGACAGUGUACCAGCGUGUGGGCGUGCCGCAGCGUGUGUACAACCAGCUGGUGACAGCCACCUCCAGCGCCCCUGCCACGACAUCGGUGCCCGCCUCCCAGCACACUCUCGCCACCACAGUCGUCAAUGCCAACCAGCAGGUCCAGGGGGCACUCCAGCACGCAGUGGUCCAGAAGGCCGCUACGAGUGGCACUCCACAAACAGUGAGCUUCCAGGCCACGUCACCAGGGGGCCAGCAACAGCAGUUCGUGGUGCAGCAGCGUGUGGUGCCAAGCAGCCAGGUGACAACCCAAGCGACGCCGGCAGUGGUCCAGCAGGGCACGGGCGGAGCGACCACGACCUUCAAGCCCAUGGUCAUAAGUCAGGGCGUCCAGCAGGGUGGGCAGCAGGUGGUGCGGGUCGCCCACACGCCCGUCAUACAGCAACAGCAGCAGCAGCAGGUAGUGAGGUUGCAACACGCGUCGCCCACGAACACGACACAAAAGCUGGUUCAGAUAGUACAGCCCGGAGGCGCAAGGCAGGUGGUUCAGAUGGUGCAGCAGGUGGUUGCCACGCAGGCGCAGGCCACGGCAGGCCAUCAGGGCCUCAUCUACGUGCAAGGGUCGGGUCAGGUCAUACAGCAGCAACCUAAAACGUCAAUAGGGACCAUCCAGCAGAGUCUGGCACAGCCGCAGCAACAGCAGGUGGUGGUGGGCCAGGUGGCACAGCAGCAGAUCUUGCAGCAGCAGCAACAGCAGCAAGUGGCAGUGCAACCACAGCAGCAAAUAGUACAACAGCAGCAGAUUCUGCGACACCAACCACAAGCCACACAUCAGGUGACGCAGCAACAGCAGGCUGUAGUCCAGCAGCAGCAAACCGUAGUGCAACAGCAGCAGCCUGCACCACAGCAGCAGCAGCAGCAGCAGCAGACACAGCCGCAGGUACAACAAGGGCGACUCGUGUUACUGAGAACCAAUCAAGGAGAGCAGGUGUGCCUGCAGCACGCGGACGGGAGGGUGUCGCUGCUGUCCCAGGAGCAGCUGCAAGCAGUCAUCAGAAACGGCUCGAGUAAGGCCGCUCAGCAGACGUGAGAGAAGACUGCGGCUGCGAGAAACAGCAGACAGGAGUGACGUUGCUCCAGUGAUAUCAUGACCUGACAGCCGGUGUUGAAACAGGAGAGACCAUGCCGGAGUUUUUUCCUUUUUUGUUUUGUUUUGACGAGGUGAAGUUGUUUAUUACAAUAGUGCGUGUGUGUAUCGUGUGUGUGUUCACGUGCAAAUGCGAAAGGCUCCGGCUAACGAGAUGGAAUUGUGUUCCCCAAGGUUAAUCGUCACAGGAAGAGGAAAAAUCACAUUUUGACGUUGUAUGUAUAUGAUUUUAUUCUGAAAUGGACCUCUGUUGUAGUAGACGUCUUUUACAAUUGAACUAAAAAUUAUUUGUAUGCUUACACCAUUCCACCUACCAUAGCACCAGAACGGCCAAGUGCUACAGGAACCUCGGCCAAGACGGAAAUUCAAAGGAGGUUUUCUGGACGCUCACCCGCCCGCCACUCUCUGCGCCUCUCACCGCGGCGUCCUGGACUCUGAUUCUGGAAGUGGGACUUCUAGUGAGGGUCGCCAGUGCAUGAACACUCGAGUGAAAUGGAAGACGUUUAGUUUUGUCCUCUCACUGCAACCGUGUGUUAGGUUUGUACUCGCACUGCAGCCGUGUAGUGUUCCCGACAUGUCAUAUCUCAUCCUACUGCUCGCUGUGACGGACUAUUGAGGGGAACAUGGAGAGUGAACUUUAUAUUUAUACGUAUUUAUUUAAUUUAUAUUUGUUUUCCUCUCAGAUAACCACGUGGUAGGAAAAGAGCGAUAGGGGGAGGGGGUUCUAACCCACUAGGACGCCAAGUUCAUGCAGUAGCAACAGCGUCGUCUCUGUGGCAUACAGAUCAUCUGUGCAUGAGUGUGUCAGACUUCCACAGGAUAAGACAAUAACGGUGAAAAAGCGAAGCAGUUGUUGCGAUUGCACCAUUAGUGUAAAGGUGAUUUACUUCACGGUCUAAGGUCACAAGGUCCAAGUAGACGGAGGGAAGGCUUGGAACCGCAGUACCAUUGCAAUACACCCAUUUCUACAGCAUCACACUCGCCAUUCCAUCCAUUACAGAGCAUUGUACAAGUUAGUGUGGGUUAUUCUCUGUUGGUAUUUAGGUUGCUACGGAUGCGCUGGCUUGGGGACCAGGAGGGACGCGAGUGGCUGGUAUUUUUAUAAAAACCCUCUGCGAUCGGAAGGACAGAGCUCGUCUCGAGGGACUACCUUCGGCAUGUCGACGAAGGAAUAAAAUCAGGAGGCAGUGACUGUCGCUGGCUCCGCUGGCGGCCGAGCGGUCAGCCGUCUCUCGGCGACACCACGCGCACGUUCGCAAGCUGCGGCCGAAGCAGUUCGAAAGCACGGCAGGCUCGUUGCUGGUGGCGUCAAGGCGGCGCUCGGCUCGCACCUGCACUCUCUUCCGAGGUGUGUGUGUGUGUGUGUGUGUGGACGUGUGCGUAUACGAAUAUGUAUAUGUAUGUAUUUACACACACACACACACACACACACACACACACACACACACACACACAUACAUACAUACAUACAUACAUACAUACAUACAUACAUACAUACAUACAUACAUAAAUACAUACAUACAUACAGUACGUACAUAUAUGUGUGUGUACACAUACAUGUUAUACAUAUACAUAUAUAGACAUACACCCAUUCAUGCGCG